AUGACAUCCCCGGAGGUUUCGUGUGAAAGAGAUCGGAGUGCUGUAAAGGAUUCCGAGAAAAACAAUCCGUUAGGACCUUUAGGGAAGGCGAGGAAGUCUCUGAAAGCUGUCAAUGCCCAGAUUCUCGCCGGUGGAUACACAAAAGGUUUGUGUUGAAUCUUUCUGAAUCUUUUUACAUCCAUCAUAUACGCAAUGGAUACAUGUAGUAGGUGUUAGCUUUUAUCGUUUGCUUUGAAAAUUGGUUUAAUUUCUGUUCAGACUGUCUUUUGUCGGGCAACCAGGAUACAGUUAAUUAAAACUCGCGAGCUGUGACCGUCACGUCUGUCAGACAAGUAUACAGGCGGUGCACCAUGGAUGGCAAAAAGUUAAGCUUAUAUUUUGACGAGAAUGCACAAAUUGAGAUACAAGUCCUAGAUAAAGUUGAAUUUUAUCUAGGGAAAUGAUAAUUUCCAUGGAAGCGCAGUCUUCAUUGUUGUAUUUCGGUAAUCACAGGUAUACGCGCGAAGGACGUUGGCACUGUUGCAUAACUUUGUAAUAAAAUAUUAAGAUUUGUAUGAGAAACAAUGAUUGUUUCUGUAACCUACGAAUUUAAGGAUUUAAAUAUAAAAAUUAGCUAGACUAAAGUUAUGUGUGUCUUCGUUCCUGUGCGAUUAUGUGAUUGUAAAUACCGGUACAUAAGCUUACAAUCUUAAUCACAUUAACACUAUAUUAUCUUGCAAAAUCUAUUAUAGACAUAGACGCCAGCUCCUUAACUACCGUGGUUCACAGGGACAAAACACUUCCCAGAAUCUAAUGCACCUGUCAAUGUAAAUCCCAUGGGGGGAUGGGGGGGAGGGCGGGCAAGGGGCAGGGAUUUGACAAAUUUUAAAAUUUUUUUCCCCAGGGUGGGAAACGAGAUCACUUUCAAUAGUGCUUGGCAAUAGCAGAAAAAAAUAUAUUCUUUUUCCUUCUGUUACGAAUGAUAGGAAAAAGCUCAAAUUUUCAAACCAGUCAAUAUGAAUUCAUGGAAUAUAUUCUUUUUUCAGAACAGGCAUGAUUUCUAAACCUUGUUGCCACUCGUUCACAAAAAGAACUCAAAACUUAAUGAUAAUAUACUAGAAGAAAAAUAUUCAUCUGAAGAAAUAUAUAUAUUCGUAACCCCAUGACUAUCAGAUUAACAGUGCUAACAUUUACUUACUUCAUCCGUAUGGUAUUUCUGUAUAUUAUUGAGGUACCUCAAAUGCAUGCAAUGUCUUUAUCUGAAUAAAUACAGUGGAACCUCUCUUCAUAGGACUCCCUUGGGACUAAGGCAAGUGUCCCCUGGAUAGAGGUGUCCCCUGAAUAGAGAUUGGGCUGGUAUUUGUUUAUGAUAUUUAUAAAAGUAUAAACAAAAUAUGUUUCUUUUAAUCUACCAUGGAAUCUGCUGCAGUCAUAAUCUCAAGCAUCUAGAUAAUGUAUAAACUAGUUAUAACCAAAGGUUUUGGAAUCGAGUGACGUCCAUCAAAGGCCAAAAUGCUUUUGCUUCAAUGCUGUGCUUUGCGUAAGAUUCAUGUUAUAAAACAGGUGUGAUUAGAUUACGAGAGAUUGAGGGUCAAAAUGUGUGUCAGAUCAGACAGAUUGCAUUCUGUACAUUCCAUUCAUUCCAAGUGUAAUAUUCCAAACGAAGCUGGCUAUAUACGUGCCAUGCAUCCGUAAUUUCAACCGGGAGAUUAUGAUUGCAGGCUGCUCUUGUUGCCCGGAAAAAAUCAUGAUUAACUUUUCUCUGCAAUGUUGUGUCUUGAAUUUCCACCAGUUCAGCGUUGAUUUAAGAGAGAUAGUUCAUGUUGUGAAAGCUGUCAUCAUUGCAUUAGUGUACACAUGAACUUAUCAAUGCUUUUUGUGAGCUGUGACAGUUUGAGUGCUAAGAUGUCCCUUGAACGGUAAACCGGGGUUUUGGGAGAACCAGAAAAAGUGUCCCUUUCCCUUGAAUAGAGCCAAGAGGUGUCCCUUCAAUAGAGGUAACACAUAAAAAGAUUGUGUGAACAUUUUUCGGGGACCAAAUUUUGUGUCCCUUGAAUGGAGGUGUCUCGAGGGAGAGGUUUUGCUGCAGUAAUUUACUUAGCUGUCUGUGUUUUGGAUAAACAGUUGUCUUAACACUUACUAAUUUGUCAAUUUUAGGUAAAAGAUGUCUGGAAACCUUUAGUGUUGUUUCAUUCAGUAUUCUGUCAAGCGUUGUUUUAUUCUUCUUGUGCAAGAAUUUUAAGCUCAGUGAGGUCAAGUCAAUCACAUGUGCUUCUGGUAAGUGAAAUAAUAAUAAUCUAAUUAUUGUUGGAUUUUUAGUUACCUACCCGUAAGUUACUUGCCCAGAAAGAAAAUCUUGUUGUCCUGGACUACCAGAUGGGAACUUUUCAAUCCUUGGGUGGUAUUUUAGAGGUACUAAGGUCCCUGUAAACAAUUAUUGUAGAACAUGAUAGCUGUAAUUAGACUAAAUGAUUAGUCUUGCUUUCAUAAGCAGUGAGACUCAUAAUCUGCAAGCCGUUUUUCUUCUUGGUAUUUAGGACAUAAAAGGGCGGUUGUAGUCCCAGGUGUUCUUAGCGGAGACGGUGGAAACUGGGAAUAUGAAUCACUGACUGAAGCCAUGCAUGUCUUGUGAAGAAAGCUUAAGAAAGAUUAAUAAAUGCAAUUUAGAGCUUUUCCGGAACGGGUCAGUCCAUGAAUUCUAUCACUUGAAAGAGUUGAUAACUUUGGAACAAGUGAACACUUCAGUGGUUGGAAAAAUAGAGAAAAAUAUUAAUUAGCAAAGGCUAACUGAUCGGGUGUUGUAAACUUAAUGUAUUCUAAUGAGUCUUGUGAUGAGCAUGCAGUUCAUUUUUGGUGAUGAUUGACAUGCCAUGCCAUGUUCUCAUCUCGUAAGAGCGAGGAGAAACGGAUGUUUUCGCAGGCUAUUUAUCUCUUGCAAUGAUGUAAUUUCUCUCAAAUCAAGGUCCUUGAAUUUUUGUUUAAUUAUACACGAGUAUAGCGUGCGACCGCAGACAUAUCUCCAGUCGUCGCUAACAUGCGUACUAAACCAAUUAAGAACCAAAUCGACUGAUAUAUAAAGUAAAUAUCCUGAAGAAUACUCGACCAUCAAUAAAGUAGGAAGUGAAAAACCUUUAGCAAGUAAAUCCUGUUUCGUCUAGAAUUAAUGGCCUCCUCAUUUCAUAUCUAAUCUUCAAGCAAGCGAGACUUAACGCCGAUAUUAAGAGCGUUCUUGUUUAUCACAAAACAUAACCAAUGCAUGUACAAGAAGGCUUAAAUUCCUGAAAUGACUGUCCACCCACUUCAGUUCUCUUCUGGGUCCCAUUUCUUGAAAGGCCCAGGAACUUUUCAGGCCUGGGGCCUGUUUCUCGAAAGUCCCGGUAACUUUUCGGGGCCCAAAAUCAAAUAUUCAAAUCGAAUUAUAAAGAAUAAGAGUGCUGCUCCUGGCUAGCAAACUACUCUAUUUUGUUUCAUUAACUGAUAGUUUUAUCAUGUUAAAUGCAAAACUAUUAAAACCUCUAUCUUUAAUGUAAACGGAGACAGCUUACCGGGCCUGUUAAUAAUCGGGACUUUCGAGAAACGGGUCCCUGAAGACAAAUUUUAAAGUUCAGACUAGCACAGUUCCCAGCUCACAAACCAAUCGAUUUUGCUUCAUUAACUGAUAGUUUCAUUGUAUCAUUUUCAAAUUAUUGAAACUUUGAUCUUGAAUGUAAACACUGCAAAGACAAAACAGCUUUCCAUGCCUGAAAAGUUACUAGGACUUUCAAGAAACAGGUCCCUGGCCUCAGUUUUCCUGAAAAGUUCGAUAAAUCCCUAUUCACUAGAUAGCACUAUUGGUUUCCCUAUUACUUAUCUGGCCCCAGUUGUUCCAAUGCUGGAUAGCGCUAUCAACCGGAUAAAUCACUAUCCAUUGGAUAAAUGUUAAGGAAACCUAUUGCGCUAUCCAUUGGAAAGAGAUUUAUCUGGUGGAUAGCGCUAUCCAGCUUUUGAACAACUGGGACCUGCUGUAUAGUCAUUUAUCCGAUGGAUAGCGCUAUCCAGCUUUUGAACAACUGGGACCAGGUUUUUGAGAUGACAGUGUAGGCAUCUAUGACGUCAUGCGAUGUCAACUAUCAGUUGGAUGGUCUAAAUUACUGAUGAGGCCUAGCUGAUUUGAAAAAAUUAUAUGAACUUGUAAUUUCAAUUCACGUUGAGUCAAAUAGCCUUAAUGAUGUAUAAAACGAUGAAUUACCUUCCUUUGGAAUAUCUACGAAGUCUUUUCUCUCAGCGUCACUCUGCUUAGAACUUAAGAAACUCUGAGGGAAGGCUGACCCUGUCCAAACCAAGCACCUAUUAUUUGAAACGAAGCUUCUCUUACAGCGGGGCCACGUUAUGGAAUAACUUGCCCAAAAGCUUAAAAAAUGCUUCAUCCGUUGGGCAUCAAGAAGCUGGCUGAUUAUUGGAUUCCCACACUGCAAUCACGUAAAGCAGUUGUAAUUAGUUUUAGUUUUUAACUUAUUAAUAAGCGUAACUUAUGAUUUCCCGUGUUUGAAUAAAGAUUUACAUACAUACAUACAUAGUUUUUAAACAUCCCUACACGUGUUGCACAUGUUCAGCUAAAGGUAAUUUCAAUAUGUGAAUUUCAUAAUAGAGGUGACCACGGUCACUAUGUCUUUGGACUGGGUUUCUUUCUGGAAAUCAUGCUGUUAAAAUACUAUUUUUAGGAGCUUAACAAUGAUAUGGUUUACAGAUGUAUAUUUAUCAAAACAAGGAAAAUUGGAAACUGGGCUGUUUCCUUUCGUCUUGCCAGUGUUAAUCUGUCUUCUUUAAAAUUGUAAAGAAUAAGGUAACUUUUUCCCAGUCAGUUAUAUGAUUUUUAAACCUAACCUAGUUAAAAAUAAAUAAUAAAUAAAUGAAUAAAUAAUGAUUUGCAGUUAGCACAUCCACAUAGUGGUUCUUUGUCUACCUGAUUCCUGGUUGAAUUGGAAAUUGGAAAUGUUGGUUUUUGAGGAUAGGGGAAAACCGGAGUACCCAAAAAAAUCCUCUUGGAGCAAGGGAGAGAACCAUCAACAAACUCAACCCACAUAUGGCGUCGACGCCGGGAUUUGAACCAGGGCACAUUGGUGGGAGGCGAGUGGUCUCACCGCUGUGCCACCGGCCUUGCUUCCCAAGUUCAGGCCAGCGUAAGCUGGAAAAAUUUAAGCCUUGAAAAUAUUAAAUUUUCUCAUGCUGUGUCUGACUUUGACAGUGAGAAGGAUUCUGAAGGGGUUCUUAUUGGAUUCAUAUUUUGUUUCAUAGUUGCUGGUGUCCUUGUCGCAGAUUUUUGUUCUGGAUUUGUCCACUGGGCAGCAGACACAUGGGGCUCCGUGGACAUUCCAGUUUUUGGUAGAGCUUUUAUCCGCCCUUUCAGAGAGCACCAUGUGGAUCCCACAGCCAUAACAAGACAUGACAUCAUUGAGACAAAUGGUGACAACUGCCUGCUAACUUUACCUGGACUGCUCUACAUGGUCUAUCGAUACCUCACUUUUGACCAAGAAACUUUACAAGCUUCUUAUGGAGUAGAAUGUUUUGUGUUUUCACUGGCUAUCUUUGUCACCCUCACCAACCAGAUCCACAAAUGGUCCCAUACGUACUUUGGUCUGCCACUUUGGGUCCAGAAACUGCAGGACUGGCACAUAAUCCUGCCUCGCAAACAUCAUCGCAUCCAUCAUGUGUCUCCUCAUGAGACAUACUUCUGUAUCACAACUGGCUGGCUCAACUAUCCACUGGAAGUGAUCAAGUUCUGGCCAUGUUUAGAAUGGAUGAUUGAAAGAGCAACAGGAGUCAAACCCAGGUCUGAUGAUUUCAGGUGGUCGGGAAAAUCGGAAUAAUACAUUGACAUUUUGAAGCUUGAAGAUGCAGUGAUCAUGAGCUGCUGGAAUUUCCCAAGUGAUGACAAAUUCUUGUUACACCAGCUGACACUUAAGUUUACUGGCAAGGUUAGGCUUACAACCCAUUCUUUGUAGCUAUUUGUUUCCACUAGCUUUCUUUCUUCAACUGGUCAUCAGAUACCUCUGUAUCCUGGUAUAACCAAAUUUUUGAGUCAACAUUAUUAAGAGCUAUAGUGAUUUAAAUGGUACAAAGAAUGUAGAAAUGAAAUUCUGUGUUGAAGACAGGGUUAUGCUGUUUGAUGUCACGUGAUGUGGUUAAGAUGGACGGCCGCGUGUUUAAGUGCUCCGCGUAACAUUUCGUAAAUUUCUGAUGUUUAAGUGUUCCUUCUGCUUUUUUCUAUUUGUUUUGUUAUCUUGUUUCGUGUGUCACAUUAUGCCUGAGUCUAUUGCCAACCUAAAGAGAGAAAAUAACGGUUAACCUCUCUUCGUAAUCGUUAUGUACAUGCCUUUUGUUUUAUGUUAGUUUAAACUCUAUUUACUGUAUUGUAGUGUCUUCACUGUUAUUUAGUCCAUCUAUAUAUAAUUCUUGUUUUGUAAUAUGUCUUCAGCUCCCCCCGCCUCGAUUAGUUCAUAAGCUAUUUGCGGGUGGGAAAGUAAUGUAAUUAGUUAUUUUCCAAUUUUCAAUAAAAUUUGUUUUGUUGUUGUUGUUGUUGUUGUUUGUUGUUUUUUUGUUUGUUGUUUGUUGUUUGUUUGUUGUUGUUGUUUUGUUGUUGUUGUUGUUUGUUGUUUGUUGUUUUUUUGUUGUUGUUGUUGGUUUUCUUUGUACUGGUAUAUGUUUCUUCACACGCUACCUUAAGCCAUAUCUGCAUGGGCAAAAAAAUAUAUUAACUUCCAUCCUGAAAAACCUUAGUGAGAAAAAAAUCUAUAAAGUGAAUCUCUUAAGUGAGACGACAAGCUUUUCAGACUGAAUGGGAAUGCCCCCUGGGCCAGAGUGUGCUAUGCUUCUCAAUAUUAUGACUUCAGGUGAGAUAGUACAUGCUAUUGUUGCUAUGGUAACCACCUUUCCUCAGAAAGCAGCAAAAAAAUAUAACUAUCAUAAACUUUGUAAUGUUUGAAAGAAAAUAUUAGAGUUUAGUCAUUCAUACAAUGUAAAGAAUGUGAAUUUUCACAGACGCAUCCCAAAUGAAACAAAACCAGUUUUGAGAGCCUCCUUAAUUAACCAUGCUUCUAGUAACUAACUCGAAACUCAAAUAGCCUUUGAUUUAUAGUAAUGUCUGAAGUAACAUCUUUGGAAAAGAAAUUGAUGUGAAAUGUUACUGAAGAAAGCCUUUCCUUAGAUCUGUUUGUAAAGUUUUGAAAUUUUGGGCCAAAAACUUUGUGUCAAAAUAUUUAGUUUUCUUCACCAGGUAAACAGACAUCUAUAAAAUGAGAACUGUUUUUGUAUUUUCUUUAUAAAUUAUUAUUUUACUGAUAUAUAUUAUUAUUAAUAAUAUUAAUAUUAAAUUAUAUUGAAUGAUCUCUAAUUUCCUCUGUAUUUUAGAGAUGGAUAUAUUGUUGGGAGAAAAUCACUCUUCAUACUCCUGCAAAAUUUAGAGAAUGUCUUAUUUAUCAUUAUUUUAGAGCUAUGACUGUCACUGAUAUUUGCAGUCUUCUUUUGAUGAUGAGGCUGUCCCCAAAAUGCUCUGUAGAUCACUGAAGAAGAGAUCCAGGUGAAUUCAAAAAGCUUUGGCAAAGCUUUCGGAAUGUUGAUGGUGUAUGAAGAGUAUUUUGUUUUCUAUUUAAGUCCUAACAAGAGAAGAAUCUUAAUCUCUCAUGAAUAAUAUAGUCCUAUAUUUGUCAUUAGUAAAAUCCAACCAGUGGUCUAUUAUCAAUGCUGCAUUCUGAUUGGUUAAGCUACUGCUAGACUAUAUGUUAUAGCCCACUAGGAGCGCAGAGUGCUGGCUUUUUGGCGGCAAAAAAGGCUUAAAGUCUAGCUUUAACUAGCUAAAGUUGUUUUGUCUCAAUAUUUUUGACCAACUGGUUGGAUUUUACUAAAACAGUUAGUCCUCUCGCCCUCAUGGCCUCUGAGUCAAUACCCCAUUCAGCCUUCAGCCUCAUAGGCUAUUGACUCAGAACCCAUUCAGGGUCGAGGAAUAAUUGUUAAUUAGCAUUAUAGUAAAAUUUCGCCAGGUGUAAAAUGUUAUUGAGACAGGCUUCUUGUUAUAUACACAGGUUGUGUUUUACAAAGAAUAGUUUAUUUAAUUGCUUGUAUGGGUGUUUAAAAUAUUGAUAAGUAAGUUAUUUAAUCAAGAAAUUUAAUGGUCACCAGUGGUGAUAAUUUUUUUAAAAAAGAAAACAUUCUUUAGGAAUUUUGUGUACACUUACUAGCAGGGCUGGAAACAAUUUUUUUGCUCUUGAAGGGAUAUAUGUCAGGCUGAGUCCCCAUUCCAGCUGGACAAAGCAAAAAGGUGGUUGGGCUAAAUUAAGGACGCAUUACACUUCUUUAACCCUUCAAGUCCCAAUAUCCAGAUACAAAUUCUCCAGACUGACCUCCAUAUAUUUCCUUACAAAAUAAGUUAAGAGAAUUUGUUAAACGAUCAAAGCAGUUUCCCUUUAGCGAUCAUUUUGUCAAAUCUUGUAUCCUUUCUAUGUGAUCACGCAUUGAUAUUGUUUGGAGAAAAUUGAUGUUGGUCACGCCUGGGACUGGAAAGGUUAACAGAAAUAUUUUUGGGCAUGUUAGGAGUAGAAUUGUCAGGUAGACUGAUUACUGCCACAAUUUAACUGGGUUGUUAUUUCUAGGGUACUAGUGAACAUGCACUUGCAUAUGCACUUUUGUCCUGACAUCAUGCCCCACCACUGUUACAAUAUUGUCUGACAUGGGCCAACAUUAGUUGGUCAUUUGCUGAUGAUCGAGUGCUAUUUGCUGCUCAGGAUUUAUGGUAAACAGUU